AAUCCCUCUCUCCUUGUGAUUCAUAUCUUCUUCCUCAACACGAACCUCUCUGCUUUGCUUCUUUUCAAAAAGAUUCAAUUUCUUUCGAAUUUGCCCCUCUGGUUAUAAUCUAAUUACUUAAAAUGUCUGGAAUUCUAGUUUAUUCCGCCGCUAGCUCCCUUCGACUCUCGCCGGGAAAUAGCUUUCUUGAGUCGAAGAAGACAGUCGGAUCUCGCAACGGAAACGCACGGUUUCCCUCCGGAGCUACGUCGGUCAGGGCUUAUACGCAGCAGACAUUCAACGCCGAGCCAGCUGUAACGGAAUCCGUUCGCCGGCGAGCGUCGAGCCUCUACGAGCUGCUGAAAGUCAACGAAACGGCGUCGCUGACGGAGAUUAAGACGGCGUACCGGAGCUUAGCGAAGGUUUACCAUCCCGAUGCGUCGGAGUCUGACGGGCGAGAUUUCAUGGAGAUCCACAAAGCUUACGCGACGCUGGCGGAUCCGACAACGAGAGCUAUCUACGAUUCGACGCUGGUAACACGGCGGAGACGGGUUCACGCUGGAGCUAUGGGUCGAGCGGGUCGGGUGUACACGACUACCCGGAGGUGGGAGACGGAUCAGUGUUGGUGAUUUUUUUGCAGCAGCGAAAGGGCACUUUUUGACUUCAUUUUCCCCUUUGAUAAUUUUUUUUUUUGUUUUCCUUUGUCAUAUCUUUGGAAAAUUAAAGGGGAAGUAAGUUGUAUGAGCCUUUUAUUUUAACUCAAGAAGAGACGUGUAUAUUAUUUUUUGCUUCAUGCUGUGAAUUUUGCUGUCAA